UUCUCUGCAGUUCUCACAUUCCUAGUUAUUAUUCUCUGUUACGUUCCUUUGUUUUCCUUGUCUUGCAUAAUUUUAAAGUUUUCAGAAGGACGUUUAAAGAGAGGGAGCAGAAUGACUUUUCAAUGCUAAUCAAGCAGACAAGAGUUCUUUCAGGUAUAUAAAUCAAACCUGCCUCGUUUCCAACAGACCUCACAACCUCUGAGGAUACCUGCCAUAGAUGUGGCAAAACGUCAGGGGAGAGUGCUUCAGGAACAUAGCCAUACAUUCCAGAAAACUCACAGCAACCCAGAAUGUUAUUAUUUUUAUCCUUUCUGAAAAACAUUGUAUAAUAUCCUCUAUAAAUUUAAUAAUAAUAAUAAUACAUAAUUAAUGUAUAUACUUGAGUAUAAGCCUAGUUUUUCAGCCCUUUUUUAGGGCUAAAAAAGCUCCCCUCGGCUUAUACUCGAGUGAGGGUCCUGGCUGGCUUCUAUUCAGGUCGGCUUAUACUUGAGUAUAUAGGUAUUCAGAAUUGGACAGUCUUAUCUUAUUAAAGUCUUAUUAUUAUAUUAAAUUACAGUUUUAUAUAAAUAUUCAAAAACAUUUAACCUACUGAUGCCUCAAAUAAUGCAAUUUUAUUAAUAUCUAUUUUAUUUUUGAAAUUGACCCGUAGCUGCUGCAUUUCCCACUCUCGUCUUAUACUUGAGUCAAUAAGUUUUCCCAGUUUUUGUGGUAAAAUUAGGUGCCUCGGCUUAUAUUCGGGUCGGCUUAUACUCAAGUAUAUAUGGGUACAUCAUGUAGCUGUAUUUCCCAUUGUAUUUGGUCACUGCACAUGUGAACUGCAAUGGCAUAAUGUCCAGUUAUUAUAUCCAGUUUGCUGACAUAUUUUUUGAAAAAAAGCUGAUGAAUUUACUGGGUUGCUGUGAAUACUUAUUGAUUUGUUACUAACAGUUGCCCCUCUUCCUCCAAAUGAUCCAAUUGCAAAUUAUUUAGAAAUAGUGCUGGUGGUAUUUCUAUGUACAGAAACACUUAAUAAAAACAUUUUUUUUAAAAAGAAAGAAAUAGUGCUGGUGGUUAACUAUUGUGAAACUGAAUUUUAGUAAUAGUGGGUUAAAUGUUGUAAUUAAUUAACUAAUUAAUUUUAAUUGAUUUGCACUGUAGUUUUUUAUUGUAAGCCGCCCUGAGUCCCCUAUAGGGUGAGAAGGGCGGGAUACAAAUGUUUUAAUAAAUAAAUAAUAAAUAAAUUAAACCGCUGAGCUGCUGAAAUGAUCAAAAGGUCAGUGGUUUGAAUCCGUGGAGUGGAGUGAGCUCCCAUUGUUAGCCCCAGCUUCUGCCAACCUAGCAGUUUGAAAACGUGCAAAUGUGAGUAGAUAAAUAGGUACCACUACAGUGGGACAGUAACGGUGCUCCAUGCAGUCAUGCCGAUGGCCACAUGACCCUGGAGGUGUCUAUGGAUAAUGCCGGCUCUUCAGCUUAAUAAUGGAGAUGAGCGCCAACCCCCAGAGUUGGACACGACUAGACAACGUCAGGGAAAAACUUUACAUUUACUGUACCUAACUACUUUAACCCAUUACAAAUAGCAAAUGAAUUUUUCACAGAUUAUUUCCAAACUCUGGUGUGAUCUGCUGCAGCCCCGACUUGGUCCAAGCCUCAAGAAAUGGCUCGCAUCGUUUAGAAGGAUAUUAGGGGCAGCUCUUGUUUAUUAAACAGCCUGAUCUAAUUCCAAGCAAAUGAAGAAGACAAAUCCAGGAUUAACCUGGAAGGACGAGAGGAUCAGGAGAAGGAAGGCCGUGUUAAUACGUGUGCAUUUUCCUCUCCUUUGAAAGGGUCUCUGCAGAGUAAGGUUCCUGCUUCAUUUGACAGAUUCACUUGUGAUUUCAGGAAGCACCAAAAUUCAGAAUGUUGAUGUUUGGCAAAACAGAUCAGUAGAAGUGACUCUAAUUAACCUUGUGAAACACUAAGCGAGGAACUCCUCAACCAGAUUUAUCUCAGAAAAGAUUUGCGAGCCGCUCAGCCAUGGAAGAAACAUACCUGCUGAAUGUGGAAGGCGUCAAGAAAAAGAUUUUACACGGAGGCUGCGGAGUUCUUCCAGAUUUCCAGGAUGGAAGCAAGGUAACCUUUCACUUCCAGACAUUGAAGGACGACUUUGAGCGAACAGUAAUAGACGAUAGCCGCCAGGCAGGCAUCCCUAUGGAGAUUAUUAUUGGGAAAAUGUUCAAAAUCGAGGUGUGGGAGACCCUGCUGACUUCCAUGCGGAUUGGUGAGGUGGCCGAGUUCUGGUGCGAUGCCGUUCACACAGGGAUGUACGCCUUGAUCUCCAAGGGCAUGAGGAAAAUCGCGGAGGGCAAAGACCCCUUGGAGGGCCAAAAGCACCGCUGCGGGAUGGGCAACAUGUUCGACUAUCACAGCACUGGCUAUGCAGACCUGGACGAGCUGCAGAGGACCCCACAACCCCUCAUCUUUAUUAUGGAGCUGUUUAAAGUGGAGGACCCCACUUCCUACAAACGGGAUACGUGGGCCAUGAGCAAUGACGAGAAGCUGCUGGCAGUGCCCAAGCUGCACACCGAGGGAAACCGUCUGGUCCUGUCCAGGAAAUUCAAGGAAGCAGCAGAGAAAUACCAGGAAGCCGUCAUCUGUUUGCGCAACGUCCAAUCCAAGGAGAAGCCGUGGGAAGAGGACUGGCUGAAGUUAGAAAAUCUCAUCACACCUCUUGUACUCAACUAUUGUCAAUGUCAACUAGAGUUGGGAGAGUAUUACGAAGUGCUGGAACACACCACUGAUCUUCUCCAGAAGAACAACAAAAACGUGAAGGCCUAUUUCAAGCGGGCAAAGGCCCAUGCUGCCGUCUGGAAUGAGAAGGAGGCCAGGAUGGACUUUGCGAGGGUGGCCCAGCUGGACCCAUCUUUGGCCGCUGCUGUGCGGAAAGAGCUGCGGAUCUUGGGGGAGAGGAUGAGGCAGAAGCACGUGGAAGACCGCAAGAGAUACCAAGGCCUCUUCCAGCCCUCUUCUCAAGGGAAAACCGAGCAGAAAGUGAUGGAAGAGAGCGAAGAGAGAAAGGAAGACCUCCCUGACGAUGUCCACCGGGCAGAGAUGGAUGAAGGGAAGGAAGAUGCCUCCUCAGGGCCAAAGAGAGAAGGUCAAGAGAUGGGUGCGAGGAAUGAAGAAAUGGUGGAAGAAGAGGAAAAUAAUGGAUCCUCAGAAAAUCCUGGUGGAAAGGAUACAGAUGAGGCUUCCCUUCAGAAAGAAAUUAAGAUUGAAAUAGGAAUCGAAGAACCGGAAGAAGAAGGACAAGUGCAGAGUUCUUCUAAAGGUGAUAUCGCCAAUGGUGAAACCUCUGAGAACAAUACUGGCCAAGAAGAAGAAAAUAGAGAAACAGAAGGAUCUCCAAGGAGACAAACAGGUGUCCAUGUUGUUUCUACAGGAAUUGUGAGAUCUCCAGGAAUCUCAACAAACAGUGUAGGAAAGGAGGACAUGGAAGGAUGUUGUGAAGCUGAGAUGGGCUUUGAAGGAGUGACUUCCCACAGAGAGAUGGGAGAUUGUGGAGAAGGAGAAGACCUCAACCUCAACAGCCAUUUUAAGGUUCAAGACAGUGUUGGCAGUGUUGAAGAAGAGACUAAUAAGGAAGGAGCAAGAGAGGAGAGUUCUGAGGAAAGCCAUGGAGGAGAUACUUUCCUUCAGGUCCAGGAUGAAGGUCCAAAGAAGGAAGCAGAGGUAUCAACAGAGCUGAAUUUGAAGGAGGAGGCAACCUGUGGCAAGGAAAAUGAUGGAGAGCCAUGCAACGUUCAUGAUGAGUGUAGAGAAGACACAAAGACUGGCAACCAUUCCCAGUCUGAAGAGGAAAUAUGUGGGUCUGCUCAGUGUGGGGCCAACACAGAAGGCAAUGGGGUGGUAGAUGGAGAUUGUGGGAGAGGAACACAAGAAGGCAUCAUGAGCAUCAGAGUGGAGGACUCCACUGAAGAGAGUGAUGGUGAAGGUGGAGAUGGACAGAAAGAUGGGUCCAGCAUUGGGUCACAAGGAGCGAUACAAGGGUAUGAGACAGAACAAGGAUGCUUUGAAGAAGAGAUGAACGUAAUGGAGGAGAGCUCUGUCUCAGGACAUGAAGGUCUGCAAGCACUUGGGAAGGUCUAAAAGAGAGCAUGGAAAUGUGUUUGGAUGAAGACUGUUUCCAGGGAAUGACGAGAGGUCACCACUUGGCACAAUAGAAAAAAAAAAGAGCAUCAAGAAUAGAAAUGGAAUGAUAAAUACGUUGAAAGUUUACAUCCUGGAGUCUAACCUAGAGAAGCGAGGUGGACGAAAGAGAAGUUGGCAAAACCUGCAGGAGUCUCUGUGUCUGUUGACAAGGGAUUUUUGCAGAAGUGGCUGGUUUAUUUAUUUAUUUAUUUACAGUAUUUAUAUUCCGCCCUUCUCACCCCGAAGGGGACUCAGGGCGGAUCACAUUAUGUACAUAUAGGGCAAAUAUUCAAUGCCCAUAAACACAUCGAACCGAGACAGAGACAACAGACAGACGCAGAGGCAAUUUAACCUUCUCCUGAGGGGAUGUUCGAUUCUGGCCACAGGGGGAGCAGCUGCUUCAUCAUCCACUCUGAUGGCACUUCCUCACUUCCUCAUUCCAACAUUGUAAAUUAGUUAAACUUGCCUCCCCACUUUUAUAAGUGGUACUUUAUAUCCUACUUGAUAGAUGCAACUAUCUUUCGGGUUGCUAGGUCAGCAACGAGCAGGGGCUAUUUUUUAUUUUUAAUUGACGGGUGCUCUCCCCGCCACAGGCUGGCCUCGAACUCGUGACCUCAUGGUCAGAGUGAUUUAUUGCAGCAGCUGUUUACCAGCCUGUGCCACAGCCCGGCCUGGUUUGGCUUCUUGUGAAAUGGCAAGCUGGUAUUAACGUCUAUAAAUCUGCCAGUUUGUGGAUCGAGGCACAGAAAGAAAGAACGCAUCCAACAUAUGUAACACAAUUUCUAUUCCUGGGUUAUUAAUAUCUUUUCCUAAUUGCUUCUAUCAUAAAAGUAUGGAAAAAGUUUAUUAAACUGCAAAACCAGCAACUUUCAGGUCAGCAACCCAACCUUCAGGUCAGCAGUUCAGCCGGCACAAGGGUUUAACCCAAGGGUCCUCAAACUUUUAAAGCAGAGGGCCGCUCCACAAUCCUUUAGACUGUUGAGGGGCCGAAUUUUCAUUUGAAAAAAAUGCGAACAAAUUCCUAUGCUCACUGCAUAUGUCUUAUUUGUAGUGCAAAACAACAACAGCAAUGAAAGAACAAUACAAUAUUUAAAAAUGAAAACCAUUUUAACCAGCAUAAACCUAUCAGGAUUUCAAUGGAAAGUAUGGGCCUGCUACUGGUCAAUGAGAUAGUCCAGUUAAUUAGGAUUGUUGUUGUUGUGUGCCCUCAAGUCAUUUCAGACUUUGGGCGAGCCUAAGUCUAAAAUUAUUUAUUUAUUCAUUUACUACAUUUAUAUCCCACCCUUCUCACCCCGAAGGGGACUCAGAGCAGCUGUAUGUACAUACAAUAUAUUAUAUUAUUAGCAUAGCACAAUAUUAGUAUUUAUAUUACUAUAUUGAACUAUACCACUAUACUGUAAUAUUAUAUGUAAUAUAUAAAAU